CUCGGGAUUACGUCACAAAAGUGCGACUUGGAGUGUUUCAGCAAGGGACGCUAGGACUCGUAGCUCGCAGUGCUAAUCUGAAUUGAUUAGCAUCAAAAUGAUCGAUGCCAAUGAGCUGUCAACCCUGAGGAACAGGUUCAAGAGAGAUGCAGACCUUUUUAUGCAAAGAACAGCAUCAAGUGUCGAAGACGAAAAGAGCCAGGAGGAGAAAGAUUGGAAACCCCUUCCCCGCAUCAACAAACACUCCGUUUUCUGGAUUGCGGCAUCUGCCGGUGUGACUUACUAUGUAGAUUUCUUCCGUGUCGUUUUGGAAAGUGAUGAAAUCAAAAGCUGGUGGUUCAAUGUUGGCUUGACACUCCUUGGGAUCUGCUUGACUCUAGCAAUGUUCUGCAUUGUGUACUUGGAGUGGUUCAAAGGCAUCCAGCACUACGACCAAGAAUACCCCGCCAUUCCCCCCAUCACCACUGCAGCCUUUAUCGCUGCAUCGUGCAGCUUUAACAUUGCACUGUGGCCUGUGUGGUCCUUCUUCACUCCCGUCAUUCUCUUCACACAGUUCAUGGGUGUAGUCAUGUUCAUCUCUUUGCUUGGAUGAAUGGAAAAGGAGGGCUUCCAGUGGAUUCGAUUGUUUUUUAUGUGCCUUUUUAUUUAUUGAAUUGGCUGUAAAUGUUUUGGUUAAUUACACCAAAUAUUUUACCCAAAAAAAGUUAACAAUUACUCAGAAAGUAGGUUAAAAAGGGGAUUUUUGUAAUUUAUAACAAUAAUUCAAAUUUUUAUACAUGUAAAAAUCCUUUGAAACAUUGUUUUAACUGCUUUUUUUUUAUUUUACAAUUUUAAAUUUCCAUAAGUGAUCUUUAUUUCAGUAAAUUGUAUUUGUCAGCAGGAAAUAAAAAGACUUAAGGCUAAGAUAUUAAACACAUUUCUGUUUUUAGAAAAAGGGGUUUGUUUUAAUAGAUUCAGCUGUGUCAAAACCAAAUUCCUCCAACUAUUUUUUGCUUUGUUACUACGUUUUCUUUAACAUCUACACUGUCCCAAUCGAGGGGAAGUUUAAAUAAAGAAUUUUCCAGCAUCAUGUCUGACCUCCAUAAAGUCCUUGUGUCAAUUUCUCAGAAACCUUUGGAGUUUGUAAACUCAAGAGCAUAAGGACGGUGUGACGCUCAGGUGUUGCAAAACUGAACUAGCUUGGAUACCUUUGAGCAAGGCAUGUCUACGCAGCAACUCUCUGGGGGUUGUGUCCAUAAUUGCUUGGUUUUUUUACAACUUUUUUUCCACACCUCCAUAAGUCCGAGUGUUGACAGGAGUUAAGACGGAGUCAAUGUUCCUACCUGUGUAAUCCUGUUCUUGUAAUGAAAAUGUUGUAACAUUUUUCUGAAUUUGUGUUGAAGUUGUUCCGAUCAUAGAUUUCAGUCAACGAUGAAAUGUUUGUUACAAAAAUUUGUUUUGACUGUCGUGCUCUCCUUUAAAGUAUAGAUAACUAUACUGUACAGACACUUUAUUUACAGAGUCAUAGUCCAAACACAAGACUAAAAACUGAAUAGAUAAGCAAAGAGAGAAAAAUAUGAAUUAAACAAAUGUUUGUAAUUCUCAACAAAUACUAGUGUUAAAAGCAAACUUAGUAGGACAAAAAGUUCUUUAAGCAAAAACGUCACUAUGAAACAACAAAAAGGUAAGAUUUCUAUUCAUUCACUCUCUUGAAUCCAGAAGUGAUGGAGGCAGCAUAAAGGUUUAGAAAAUCUCACUUUUAUGGGCCGGAAACUGAAUCUUUGUGAACUAUCUCAUUUACUCUGUUCCUGUUCAAGUUAUCUGCAGAUUUGGCUGAAGUUGGGCCUCGAUUGUUCUAGUUGGAAAGAUUGCCAUCAAUACAGUAAACCAUUGCCUCGUGUCUUACUUGUAACAGAUUUACACAUGUGGCAGUCAUGCUCUCGCAGGAAACUUCUAUAGAAGCAGCUAACCCUUCCAGGACGCUAACUUUUUUCUCUCCAUAUCCUUGUCUGCUCCGAUAGUCUUUAACUCCUUCACACCACAUGCCACUAAUUUGCAACGUACCAUUUAAUCCACUCAAGCAUCACCUUGAAUG